AUGGCCGCAAUUAUCGGAGGGGGCCCACGGAGACCGCCGCGAAUAAUGGCGCGAAAAAACAUAGUCCUGAAACGAUUGCCACGAGGUAAACCAGUUUUCCCUCUCAAAAAUGUACAUAAUCGAUAGUUGAAGGUGCUCGAGACGACGAAACGGCAAAACUGAAGCGGCAGGGAUACGAAGUGCAAUCCGGAGUGCUCACAGUGACCUCGGUAUUGCCAUAAAAUCAAUUUUCAUGCGUACCACCCGUUUUUGCAGAAUCAUCCCUCAAAUUUCAAGCCGAAACAAUUGCCCGGCAUCGCCAAUGACGUGGAAUCGUAUCCAUGCCGAUUCUGCGAUGAAAAAGUGUUUUUGACGACGUCAGGGCUCGAGAAGCACGGAAGAGAGCAUCAUUUGCAGAACAUUGAUGACAUCAUCACGGACAUUGCGAUGAUCAGCGGAGAAUGGAAGAAACGAGAAGUGAAUAGUGUUUUAUAAACUUAAACAUAUUCUAAGCAUGAAUUUUUUGCAGUUCGAACGCCUACGCUCGCGAGAGAGGAUAUCAAUGGACAAGUUGCGGCACGAAGCGCGCGCCCAUCAGCUGGUAAGGGCCGUGCUCGCCGGCGGCAAUCCCGAUGGCUCCUCGUUGAUCGGCGGCGAACAGUACGAAGCGUGCACGAUCUGCAACAUGCUCGUCAACAUUGCUCACCCCACCGCCAUGGAAUCCCACCAAAGAGCUCACAAAAAGAAUGACGAGCUCCGUCUCCAACUGAUCGAUCAGUACGGUCCGGAAGCCGUUCAGCGGCUCACCUGCGAGGCUUGCUCUCUCGUUUUUCCCGAUCAGCCCAAGCUCAAGGCACACGUCGCUUCGCAUCACACCCGGAGGAAAAAGUAUAUUUGCAAGUUCUGUGGGCACAUUUCGCAGAGCAUGUCGGAGCUGAAUCUUCAUAAAAGCGAUGUUCACAACUACGUAAGUAAUUAUCUAUUUUUUGUUUCGCACACUCAUUUUACAGAGCGCCUGGAACAACGUGCCAGAGUUUCUGAAAGCUCGCCGCUCGUUCUUCCAAUACGACGAACGACUGCAGCGGAUGCGACGAAGGACCGCCGAGGAGAUGAUCCAAGACGUGGCGGUGCGGCAGCCGAUGCUCGGAGGAGAUUUCCGAAGGCGACACCGCCGGGAGAGUGACGUGUCCGGAGUGCGGUCUGAAGCUGAACCGACCACGGCUGCUCUUCAAGCACAUGGAACGAGUGCACAUGAAGACCUCGUUCAGCUGCAUGGUCGAGACGGGUGGUCUGCCAACAUUUGAGUCAGUUGGACUGUUAGAGUUACUCUUUUCAAAACAGUUUUCUUCAGAAUCGAAGUGCAAAACAGUGAGAUUUCGUGGAACUGCUGCGAAUCGAGGUUCGACAACCGCGCCGAGUUCAUCCACCACCGACGUCUUCACAUUCCGACGCAGCAAGAAGAGGUGGUCGUGGAGAAUCCGGAAGACCUUCAGAUGCCGACGACCACUCAAGCGAUGGUGGCGAUCGAAGACGGAGGCGUCAACGAAGACGGCGUUCCGACGACACACAACAUUCCGGCGCAUUUCGUGCAGAAUCCAGACGGCACCGUCCAAGUCAUCAUCCCCGAAGGCAUCGAAAUCGGCGGCGAGGUCUAUUUGCUCUUCGAUGAUUACGAGGGUGGCAAAACUGGAAAUCGGAUACAAUUGGUCCCGCAGGAUGUCAUUCAGCAACAGGACGACGAGGCUGGAGGAUCGGGAGAAGUCCAUCACAUGUCACAUCACUACCAGAUCAUGCAGCAAGAAGUGGACGGAGAAGAGGAGAUGAUGGACGCGCUGGGAGAGGAAGAAGUCGUCGAGGACGGCGGAUACGAACAGUAUCAGAUGCACGACUGGGGAAAUAUGGUAGCGAGAAAAUAGACAUUUUGGAUACCGACAUUAUAUUUUCAGGAAAUGAUACUGGUGAACGGGGAUGAAGUGCUCGAAGAAGAACCAGUGGAGCACCACCAAAUGAUGGAAGACGAGGUCGUGGAAGAAGAGGACGACGAGGGAGUCGUCCAAAUCGACGGACAGCCUCUCUUUGACUGA